AUGGGCCCUCAGAUCAAGAUGUUUGCUGGGCCUUUAUCGUCGUGCCUUCGGCCAACAUCGCCCUUCACUUUGGCACGAUCCUUCUCUAACACAUCCCCCGCCCUGGAUUGGCUCACUCCGAAGUUUGCCGAGAAAUCCAAGUCGCCUAAGGGUCGUCCCCAUGUCGCGACCGGUGGAUCCACACGAGGAACGACAGUCGUGUGGGGAGACUACGGAAUUCGCAUGAAGGACCACGACCGUCGGAUGCCCGCAUCGGCUCUUAAAAUCGCAGAGGAGACUAUCAAGCGCCGCUUGAGAGGAAUGAACUAUAAGCUGUACAAGCGCGUCAGUGCCAACAUUGGUGUGUACACCAAGGGUAACGAGCAGCGUAUGGGUAAGGGUAAGGGUAAAUUCGACUACUGGACCGUCCGGUUGCCCGUUAGCCGUGUUGUGUUCGAGGUCAAGGGAGAUUUGCACGAGAAAGUUGCCCGUGAGGCAUUCAGAUUGGCUGGCCACAAGUUGCCUGGCCUUUGGGAAUUUGUCAAGAAGGACGAUCCUCCCGUCGUCGGUAUCACCAAGCUUGGCAACGGCGUGACACUCGAAUCUCUCAAGCGAGCACGCAGAAGCCCCCCGCUCGGCAACAACGAAACCGCAAACCCGCCCAAAACCACUUCCUCCAGCACUUCCCCCUCCCAAUAA